AUGCCCAUUGGAUAUUCCAUGGACCAAAUUAAUGCGAACUCCACCUUUGAGAAGGAAUAUAGAGUCACUCCUCUGCUUGCCAAUAACAAAGAGAAACGUGGCCUUGCAUUGGAUGGCAAACUGAAAGAUGAAGACACCAACCUGGCUUCUUCAACAAUUCUGCUACCCAACAUGGAUAAACAAAUGCAAGGCCUUGCUGUUUCCUACAAAAUUAAGGUUACCCUCAUGAUGGGAGGUGGUCUCUUGGGAAGCCUAACAUUAAGUGAUAUUACCGCUGAACUCCCCCUGGUUCUGAUGUCACCUAAACCAGCAGGACUGAUAUCAACCUUGAAUAGAAUACAGCCGUUGACGGAGAGGAGCAAGUCAGAAGGAGAGACACUCAGGAAUAGAUACAGAUUCCAAACAACCUCAAUUCAUGAGACUAUAGACCCUAGUUGCAAAUACCUGUAAAAGGAAUUAGCUGUAUAAUGUUAAACAUGGGCUAAAAGCCUUGUACACUAAGAAGAACUCACUGACACUGAAAUCAAGUGUUGGUCUGAUGCUGAUGAUGUAAUGUUUAUUUCUUCUACCUUUAUCAUGAGAUCUCAGAUUAAUAAUGUUUCAGUUUCUUUUUGUAUGUGAAUGUAAAAUAUAAAGGAGUAAUGAACAACUUUAUAAUUAUAUUAAGUCGUAUUUUGUUUUAAUGUCUGUGGUGAUGGUGGAAAUGAAUAAACAUUGGACUGUUAUUUGGACCA